AUGGCUUUGAAUACACCUUCAUUACCGUCGGCCAAAGUUAUUCAUGUCGACACUCGAGGGGCAAUUAUCUUGUCCGAAGAAUCUCCCGAGACAAGAGACAGCCGCGGCAUAUACCUACCCAACCACAUUGAACCAGUGUCUCAUAUAGCAGUCGAUGUAGGAGGAUCGUUGGCAAAGGUUGUCUAUUUUACCCGGUCCCCUGACCCCCCAUCCUCGCCGUCGAUAGUAGCCACUCGCGGAACUAGCACAGCGAGCGACAUAUCCAGCCCACGAUCACUUUCACCAACUAACGAUGCGGUAUCGUGUUCCUCAACGCCGUCGAGCAGCAAGAUGACAGGGGCACUGACGCCCCUGGUACUAGAGCAGCCCUCGUCGCCCAUUGGGAACGGCCUGAACGGAUUGACAGACGGACUGGUGCGCGAUACAUACCUGAAGCGCAGUGUGCAGCACUUUCCGGGCGGGUCGCUCAACUUUGAGCGGUUCGAGACGGACAACAUCCAGGCGUGUGUCGAGUUCAUUCAGGAGCUGAUCCAGCGGUCCGCGCAGGUGAACGGGGUGACGAUCGAGGAGAUGCGCAAGGGCGUGAAGAUCAUGGCGACAGGCGGGGGUGCACACAAGUUCUACGAGCUCUUCCGGGAUACGCUGGGCGUGGAGGUGCGACGGGAGGACGAGAUGGAGUGUUUGAUUGAAGGCCUGAAAUUUAUUACCCUUAUCCCGGAUGAGGUCUACUACUUUUCCGAUGAACUGAUACAGUCCGUCUCCCACCCAACAAGCUCGAAUUCGAAUUCGUCCGUGGCUGCUUCUUAUGAUCCUUCUCUCCCACCCAAUGGUCGUUAUUCCUCGACCGUGACUUCGAGUGCUUCUGGGUCUUCCGUUAAUCCUCCGCCCCUGGAACGACCUAGUCCCGACCCACCUAAAUACGGAGUGACGUUUGAGAGCAACCCAACGCCUCAGCUGCCAUGCCUGCUCGUGAACAUUGGAUCAGGAGUGUCACUCAUUAAAGUUGACGAAGACGGGGCAUUCGAGCGUGUCUCUGGCACGAGUCUCGGAGGAGGCACGUUGUGGGGUCUAUUGAGUCUUCUUACACCAGCCACGACGUUCGACGAAAUGCUGGCCUUUUCAGAAGGUGGCGAUAAUUCGACGGUGGACAUGCUUGUUGGGGAUAUCUACGGACAAGAUUACAGCAAACUCGGACUCAAAUCGACGAUGAUCGCCAGUACAUUUGGGAAAGUGUUCAAAAAAGGAGGAGAGAAGGGCAAAUUCUCUCCGCAAGACAUCAGCAAAAGCCUACUCUACGCUGUGUCGAACAACAUUGGACAGAUUGCAUACAUGAAUGCAGAAAAGUACAAUCUGGACAGAAUCUAUUUUGGCGGAUGCUUUAUUCGAGGACACGCGGCGACAAUUGCGACGCUAUCGUAUGCAAUACGAUUCUGGAGUAAAGGAACGAAACGGGCACUAUUCCUACGGCACGAGGGAUUCUUGGGAUCGAUUGGGGCAUGGAUUCGAAACAUUGACUAUGAAGACAGUUAG